CGCCCUCACUGAUACUUCCGCUCGCCUAUCUGCCGACGUGUGCUCAUCGAAACGCACUGCUCGGCUCUCGCCGGCGAGGUAAUGUGGUGACACCGCCGCCCGAUGCCGUCCACCGAUCGCCGUCGAUAAUUUCGUUCCGGCAACGUAGGCGUCUUGUCGUUCAGCGCAAUAUCGCGAAUCGUCUUCUGUCGUGGGGUUUGAGUGUUCGCUUCUGUUACGGAGAGGCGGUUGCAGCGGCUAGGGUUUUUUCUUGCUGCUGUCGCCAUGGCUCCUGGGAAAAGAAAGGGAGCGAACCGAUCGAAGGAGAAGGGUGAUUUACAGAUUGGGGAUCUCGUUCUUGCAAAGGUCAAGGGAUUCCCUCCGUGGCCGGCGAAGAUUUGUAGGCCGGAAGAUUGGGACAGGUCGCCUGAUCCGAAGAAGUACUUCGUGGAGUUUUUUGGAACUUCUGAGAUUGCUUUUGUUGCCCCGGUUGACAUUCAAAUAUUUACUAAUGAAUCAAAAAGCAAGCUAUUAGCUCGAUGUCAGGGUAAAACCAAGUAUUUUGCUCAAGCUGUGGAGGAGAUUUGUGAAGCUUUUGAAAAAUUGCAAAAAUCGUCAAAGGAAUUGGGAAAAGGUUCUUCUAAUGCUGAAAUUGGCUCUAUAUAUUCUACCGUUCAAGAUGAAAGUCAACAUCUCAGUAGCAGUAACAUUGACGAAUUGGAAGUUCAGAAUGUGGUUCUUGGUAACUCUGAAGAUGAUAAAAUUUUGGAUUCUGCCAGUGAAUUACGUUUGGAGCCAUGCUCACAGAGCCGUAAGAGAACUGCAGCAACUGAGCUAAAUGAUGCUGCUUGCGAACCAGAAUCUCCAGUUUUAGCAUUUAAGAGGAGUAAAUCAUUGAUUCAUAACAAAAAAAGGCGAAAAGAAGCACGAGAAACUGUGGCUGAACCUGCUUAUGAUGGUGAUAGAUUAGAGCAAAAUGCUUCUGUUCAUCCAGAGGACACUCACGAAAAAGUUUCUGUAACAUUUCCUGUAAACAAAAUAGCAGAGUCUUCUUUCAAAAUCUGCAUGGAUGACAAAGAACAUAAUGCCCCAACUUCGUAUUUAGAAACUAAAAAUAUCAAAUGGAAAGAUGACACAAAUGGUCAAGCAACAACAUCUGAAAUCGUUUCACUAAAAAAUGAAAAGAAUGUCGAUCUGAAAGUACAAAACCAUGAUAUUGGUCAAGUUAAAAUAAAAAAGCUUCCGCCUGCAGCUUGUGCUUCUGUUCCUGAAGGUAGUGUUAAAUCUGUAAGUGAAGAAUCUUCCCGGGAUUCUAAGAGGUUAGGAACACAGAGCCGCAAGAGAACUGCAGUGAAUGAGCUUAAUGAUGCUGCUUGUGAACCAGAAUCUCCAGCUUUGUCGUUUAAGAAAAGUAAAUCAUUGAUUCAUAACAAAAAAGGGAGAAAAGAAGCACGAGAGACUGUGGCUAAACCUGCUUAUGAUGGUGAUAUAUUAGCGGAAAAAGCUUCUGUUCAUCCAGAUGACACUCACCAAAAUGUUGCUGAAACAUUCUCUGUAAACAAAGUAGCAGAGUCUUCUCUCAAACUCUGUAAAGAUGACAAAGAACAUAAGGUUCCAACUUCAUAUUCGGAAACUACAGAUAUUAAACAGAAAGAAGACACAAAUGGUCAAGCAACAGCAUCUGAAAUGGAAGCAAAUGUAGAUCUGAAAGUGCAAAAACAUCAUAUUGGACAAGCGAAAAUAAAGAAGCUUCCACCUCCAAGUCGUGCUUCUGUUCCUGAAGGUACAGUUAAACCUGUAAGUGAAGAUCCUAAGAAGUUAGGAACACGUGUUAACACUGUAAAAAGUUACAAGAGUUCAAAAAUAUUGAAGAAAACUAAAGCUGAAAAUGCUUAUCCGCCUAAAGGGGUUCCCAAGAAGGAGCCCUCUACAUCUGAAGGCAAGAUUGUUCUUCAAUCAUCUGUAGAAAAUCCAGUUGAUAAUUCUGUUGGGAGCGUGAAAUGUGAGCUGGUUAACAAUGGAGAUGCUCCCUCGGCUAAACGACCAAAAAGUGAAAUGAUAGUUAAUGCGCCCAAAAGCUCUAGUAUGAGCAAGUCCUCACAUUUCACAUCUAACAAGAGUAGGAAUAGUGUCAAAAACAGAACAUUGGGAGCUCAAAAGGCUGAUAACUUGGCACCCAUUGCGGAGUCUCAUGAUAAAAACCAGCCGGAUUUAGUGAAACCAUUUAAGGAAUUAAAUGAUGUUUUAAAUUCUUCUGUAACCAUUGCAAAUAUUGCCAAGAAGGCAUGUAAAAAAUCAGGCGAUCUUCUGAAUUCUUCAGUCUCUGGCGUGGAUACAGCUAAGAUGAGCAACAAUGGUGUUAACAAGAUUAGUUCUAAACCCCUUGGCACACUUGCUCCUCAGAGAAGGAGAGCAGUAAGGUAUGUUGAUGAAGAUGAUGAUGAUGGUGAAGAUUGCAGAACUCCAAUUCAUCGGGAUACUACUUGUACUUUGUCGAGGGAACAGUCAAAAGCUCAUGAAUCUGUUGGGUUGAUGCACACAAAGCGGGAAUCUUCCAUAGAAUCUACUGUAGAUGUUUCGACUGUCAGAAAGGCUAGUUCUAGGAUGAAGGAAAGUAUUAACAACAAUAUGGGAUUUCUAAAUGUUGCGAAUAAUUGUUCUUCAGCUCCUAGCCCCUGUAAUGUUGAUGAGAAAAAGUUGGAUUGUGCGAUAGGCUUGCUUGCUAGCCAGAAUUCCGUGAGGCAAAAAACCAAGGAAACUGUUUCACCUGAUAUUAGAGCACAGAGCACUGCACUUAAGACUUUAGUUAACCCAGGAAAUGUAGGAAAGUUGGUUAAUCUCCAAGAUAUUAAGCCUCCUAUUACAAAACUACCAACCACCGUGAGUUCUGUUCAAACUCAUAGCUCGGCGAAAACUAUGGGGACUUCAAAUUAUUUACGCAGUCAGUCAAUUUCGCAGAAGAACAAACCAUCUUCCGAGAAAUCUAAAGUAAAAUCUACUGUUCUGGUGACCAUGGAUACUGAAAAUAGGUCUGAUAAUUUUUCCCUUGAAUAUGUUGCUGAGAAGGAUGUUCUGACAGGCCAAAGGGAGGCCAAUUCUGCUGAUUUAUUAUCUGAGAGCAAAUUUAUGGAUUCCAUGUCAAUGAGGCAUCUUAUUGCUGCUGCUCAAGCUAAGAGGAAGGAAGCACAUUCUCAACAACUGUAUAAUGGAAGUGAUACCCCUGGCAGUGCUCCUACUCCACAUCGUAGCCAUGGGAGAAGCCCAAACCUUAUGCCUGCUACCCAUAUUUUUUCAUCCAGCGAUGUUCAAAGAGAGAGAAAAUGGUUUCAUGCCUCUGCAGACACUGAUUCCCCUCCAGCUUCACAACAAUGUCUUCCUCUGAAUUUGGAAGAGCACGAAAGUUAUGAUUGUAGAACUAGUACAGGUUACCAACAACCUGGCAAUUCUUUGAGUGGCGGUACUGAAGCUGCUGUUGCUAGAGAUGCUUUGGAAGGGAUGAUAGAGACAUUAUCGCGCACAAGGGAUAGUAUAGGGCGUGCAACUCGUCUUGCUAUUGAUUGUGCUAAAUAUGGUAUUGCCAGUGAGGUAGUAGAACUUCUCAUCCGCAAAUUGGAAGGUGAACCCAGCUUUUAUCGCCGGAUUGAUCUGUUCUUUCUUGUGGAUUCCAUUACUCAGUGCUCACAUACUCAGAAAGGCAUUGCAGGUUCAUCGUAUAUUCCCGCUGUGCAAACUGCAUUGCCACGCCUUUUGGGUGCUGCUGCUCCUUCCGGAGCUUCAGCUCGUGAGAAUCGACGACAAUGCCUUAAGGUUUUGAGGUUAUGGCUGGAGAGGAAAAUUCUGCCAGAAUCACUUCUUCGUCGAUGCAUGGAAGAAAUUGAUGUUUCUAAUGAUGAUUUGAAUUCUGGGCUUUUGCUUAGGCGCCCCUCUCGUGCUGAGCGCUCUGUAGAUGAUCCGAUCAGAGAAAUGGAAGACAUGCUUGUCGAUGAGUAUGGGAGCAAUGCAACAUUCAAGUUUCCUGGUCUACUGUCUGCUCACGUUUUAGAAGAUGAUGAAGAUUUUUGCUGCAGUCCCCCCAAGGGCAUCGCAACUAGUUCUCCCCGUGAAGCAGUUGGUGGUUUGGGAAGCCAUUUCUCUGGAAAUCAUCCUGUAGACAAACAUCACCAUAUUUUGGAGAAUGUGGAACGAGAGAUGGAGAUGGAAGAUGCGCCUUCAAAUUUCAUCGACAGAACUGUUUCCUUCAAUUAUGCACUUCCUCAUGGAGAAUGUGAUAUGGCUGAGGAAUCCACAUUUAACAGUCAAAAUGUUAUCCCACCUCUACCUGCAGGAUCUCCUCCUCUUCCAUUUGAUCCUCCACCCCCUCCACCACCAUUGCCUCCUUCACCACCUCCUCUUCAACCCCCACCUCCAUCCUCUCCGCCACCCCCUCCAUCACCUCUGCCUGCAUUAUUAGCUGAAUCAUCUCUCUCUCAACCUCCUUUGCCUUUAUCACCAUUUCCAUAUAAUAGCCAUCAUUCCAUUACUCAGGAAUACUGCAGAACAGAAACUGAAAAUCCGUUACUCCCAAUAACUAACAAUUCCAUCGAAGAUUUGAGUGCUUCUGGAGCGAAAGAUAAAGUGAUUAUGCAGCAAUCUUCUAAUUAUGGAACUGGAGUUGGAUACACAUAUUUAGCGCCUCAGGUUUCUCACCCCAAUCAACUGUUUCAGCAAAGUGUUGCAUCAGUUCAACACAUACCUUCGCAUCCCAUUCCAUCACAGGCAACCUUAAACCAUUCCAUUCCAAGUUGUCAGAUCCAAUGCAAUCAGCCAUCUUAUGAGAAGCCAAUUACACAACAACAAAUGCCGCAGCAAUAUAACCCAUACACCUUAUCAUCUCUUCCACAUGGUCAGAUGCAAUAUAGUGCUGAGGAGCAAUGGAGGCCGCAGUCUGGUGAUGCCAAACCAGAAAAUUCUGGAGCUUGGAUGGCGGGAGGGAGAACACCUUCGUGCUCUGGUGCACCUUUUGUACAGGAUGGUUAUUUUAUGCUAAAUAUGGAAAGAGCAUCAUCAAAUUCUAUGAUUUUUCAUCCUCCACAUAGCACAACACCAUCUGGAACUUCAAUACCGGGUCAUUCCUUCCCUCAAAUGAUACCCAAAACAGACUUCCCUACUAUUAAUUUCUGGAGACCGGCAUAGAUUUGCUUAUAAUUGUUUAAGCACUCUGCUAAAGGAGCUUUGGAGCAUCUUGAUUGCCUAGUGAGGUCUAAUCCUCCUUUUAUUUCAGCUCUUCAAUCUUACGGGAGCUUUAAAAUUCUGGAUGAUUAUUGAAAUAUAUUCCAUUGUAAUGGGGUUUGAUAGAUGAAAAAGAGGCAGCUAGUUUUGGCAGAAAUAUGUACAUUGUAGGGUUGCUCUGAUUUAAAUAGUGCAGCAGUUGUCUCAGAGCUAAACACAAGGCAUUGUAUAUCAAAGAAUGAUGACAUUGUCAAUAUUUUGCCCAUCAAUUGAAAUUCUAGUAUCUUUUUGAAUCUUUGUUCAUGUUGCAGAGAAUAAUUUUA